AUGACGUUCUCCCUCCGAACCCAGCCCCGUUCGUUGCUCACCACCUACCAACCAAAGCCACUCGCAGGAACCACUUCUCUAUCACCUCCCAUCAUCCUCACGCUAAACAUCGAACCUCGGACGCCGACGAGUACACACCGAGCAUCAUCAACGACAUCGAGACCGCCGUUGUUCGAACCGCCCAUACCCCAUCUUCCUAAUCACUAA